CUCUCUCACAGCCAGCAGUCUCUCACCCAGUCUCUCUUCAGCCACAGUAGUCUCUUUCCCCACAGCAUUUGUCUCUCACCCAGUCUUGCUCUCAGCCAGCAGUCUCACCAUUUUUCUCUCCCCAGCCUUUCUGUCCCUCUCUCAGCUCUUUUGUCCAGCCAUUCUGUUCCCUUCCCCCCACAGCAUUUCUCUCUCUCACCCAAACCUUUCUUUUCUGCAUCGGUCGCCCUUGGGGGGAUGAGCUCACAUAAGUAGUUCAAGUAUUUCCUGACUUGUAACCAACCAGAAUCUGUGGCUCUCUUCUCCCUCAGCCUUUCUCUAGCUCUUUUGCCAAGGCGUUCGUUUGCUUACACGCAGCAUUUUUUUUUUCUCACAGCAGCCUCUCCCCCGGCUCUUCUGUUCCCUCCCCCUCCCAGUCGGCCUCCCCAACAGCCUUUACCUCCUUGUAGUGUUUGUCUAGCGUCUCUCCCUCCCGCAGCAGUUCCCUCGUGAACUCAGUAAGGCACGACUUUACCUCCUGGCUUCUCCUCUGUGUUCUGCGACUUCCGGUUCGUCACUUCCGGUUUUGUGUUCAGGGACAAGACGGGAACGAACUGGUCGCCUUUUCGCCGUUCUACAUGUGACCGUUACACAGAGGACAUUGCAGAAGAGCCGACAUUAUGGAUUCCCGGCCCCCCAUAAAGAGAGAGUCGGAUUCGCUUGCGGGUGCAGGAUUCCCAGAGGCACAGCAGCUCCAGAUAAAGAUGGUGAAACAAGAGUCGGAGUCAGGAGAUUAUCAGAGGGGAACUGGAAGCUUCUCAGUGCCGCAUAUUCCUGGUUUCCCCCAGAAUAACCCAGAAGAGCCGCAGGUGAAGAUAAAGGAGGAAGUGCUGGACCCCAGUUAUCCCGCGGAUACAAUGGACGACACGGUGGUUUCCUUCACGGUCGGAGAGACAGACCCCCACACGUUACACAUGAAGGAAGAGAAUGAAGCAGCAGCUUCUGGGACUUACCAGCAGAGCGGGACUGAUCCACUGACUGACAAGGGCUCAUUUACAGGAGUGAAAAUCGAGACUGAACAUAUGGACACUGGGGAUCCUCUGCCCACAAUUAGGAGUGAAAUUGUUUCUUUUCCUGGGCCUGAUGUGAAACAGGAGGAGCCAGUAGCCCCCCAUAUAAAGAUUGAAAAAGAAGAACCAGAGUAUUAUUUGAACACUGUGGAAGAUACAGCUGCUGAUGGCGGAGCUGUUGCCAAUGAGACUGUACAUCAGGGUCCAAAUGAAAUAUCCGACGAGGAUCGAGAAGAAAUGCGACGACAACUCUUUGAAGAGCUGAGGAACAUGUGGGGCCCCGUAGAGAAUGAGCCUUGUUUCCAGGAUGAUCCCGUAUACACAGAGGAGGAGCUGCAGGCCCUGAGGGAACGUGAGAACGGCGAGCGGCUGCGCAAUACCCGCUGGUGCCAGUGCGGCAACUGUAUCUCUCUGCCCACCACCGAGGAGUCCGUGUGCUGCCGGGAAAUCGCCAAACUCAAGAAACGUUUCACGGGAGGAAUCACUUGCAUUAUUCAGGUUCAAGAGAUGCAGAAAUCUUGUCUCGACGCCAAACUCUUGGACUACAUGGUGCGAUACCGGGGCAAGGUCUCCAAAGAGAAAUACACUGAGGAAUAUCCACAGGUGAUGAGGAAAGCCGCAUACAGAGCCUUCACUAUCUGGACCCACCGGUUCUUCCGAGAGAAAACCUGCACAGCGAUACCGGCCUGUGUAGUUAAUUUAGUGAGGAUGAGAUUCCCGUACCCGCCGGAUCGCACGGUUGGGCUGCUGGGCCUGUGGGACUAUCCUGCCAUAGACAUGGCCUUUGAUGGUUGAAUUCACCGAGAUCUAUUUUUUAUAUUUUUGUUCAGACCAAAUCCCGCCGUGCAGUUACCGUCAGUUCUGAUGUUCUCGUUUUUGUUUUUAGAUUUCCUGUUAUUUUUUAUUAAAGAGAUAAGAAAAGAGAAA